UACCGGCGAGUGCAGUGGUCGUGGAUAUUGAUAUUAUUCCGAGAACGUGAGUUUGAAGAAUUCCGCUUCGUGUUUGGUUUAUCGCCGCCUCGAAAUGUAACCGAACCCUCGCGCGUUUCGUAACUUUAUAUUAUAAUGUUUACAUCGUAAAAUUUCACGAUUAUUUUUUUUCCGUUUACGAUAAACACUUUCUUUCGUUUAAUAUAAAGUACGUUCAACGAAAUUUGAAAAAUGAAUAUAGACGAGCAAAUUUCGAAAAUGAAAAACCAAGUGGAAGCGCAGCCGCAGGAUCGCGAGUCUGAGGACAAAUUGGAGAACGAGUCGGAAAGGAUCAAAACGUUGGAAACCAACAUGACGAUUUCCACUAAACUGUCGACUGAUCGCUUGAUAUGCAAAACGCCGCAUCAAUCCCUUACAGGAUCGAUCAAGUCGGUAACGUCGAAGAAGAAGUGCAAUCCAGACCAAAUAAUACUGUUCUUGGGUACAUUCCAGUUCAUAUUGGGGUUUCUCAUGAUGAUUUUCGGCAUUUUUGUCAUCGCACAUAAGGCCAGCUUGAGUCAGCUUGGAGGCGGAAUUUGGGGAGGGCUCCUAGCGAUGGCUACUGGAAUUGCUGGAGUCUUAGCGUCGGCGAAAAACGUCUGCCCUCUCAAAGACACUGCUCAGAAAGUGGCUCGUACCGUUUUCCUCGCUCUGAGUUUAAUAAGCCUGGCCGUUGCUCAAUUAAUUGUAGUGAUAGCUGGUACGGGAUUGGCUAGAGAUAUUAGAAGCGAUUACCGGGAACCUUUGAAUAAUUUUCAGAUAUCGCACGCAAUGCCGACAGCUGACUGGGCGACGAAUGCUCAUCUCUUGUUCAACGUUUGCUUGAUAGCGGCAUCCAGUCUGGAGUGCAUAUGCGCUAUCCUGUCAGCGUACAAAAGUUCCAGAGAACUAUGUCCUUGCUUCAAAAAGGAAGAGGAGUAUUACCAGGAUAAUAUCAACAUGCAUCGAAGCCACGCUAUCGUGAGUUCCUGGCUAGGGAAGCACAGUCGCACUCAUUCUCCACAACCGAUCUACGUAGUUACGGGACCUCCAUCUAGCUUAAGUCGAGGAAGCAAGUUAUCUGGAGGUUUGCCUAUGCCGAUGUACGCGUAUCCCGCCCCCAUGGUUCAACCACAAAUAGUAAGUUAUCCAAUGAUUCCAGCCCCAUUAGGACCUGUACCGUCACCAAUCGUAACUUCACUGCCAAAUAGAAAACAGAUGAUCAGAGUUCACAAACGGUACAAAUCCGUGUCGAAAUCGAAAUCCAGGAGCAGGGAGAGGAGCAAAGAGCCCACUUCGAGAAGAUCAAGAUCGAAAUCCCUAUCCGCAGAACGACAGAUGCCAGAACAGGAAGUGGUGAUGACUUACACCGGUCUUGAUAGAGCGAUGGCAGAAAAAUUCAUCGACAUUUGCGAAACCAAGAACACGAGCCUAUGCAGCGACACUAGCUGCAGCACCUGCCAAAGUCCAUGCGAUUGCUCGACUGGAUGUAAUUCCAACAGCGAUGCGAAUUCCCAAGAUGGUCUAGUCAACAAAACGUAAAUCCAUCAGCAGCUU